AUGUUUUGCUCUUUUGCAGCUGAAAAAUGCCGUGAGUUGGUUGGCAAGGAGGCUGCUUCCAAGAGUGGGGAGUUUACCUUCUUGAAUUGUUUUGAUGGGAGUUCUGGAACUUUAGCAUGCUUGGUAAAGGAGGGUGUGAAGCUAUACUCUUACAGUAUCAGAUCUUUUCAUGUCGAAGGGGCAAGAAAUAAAGCUAUAGAGGCUGCUUUGGCUGAUGCUCUAUCACAAGGUCUGGAUGCAAAAGCUGCUGCCAAGCUAGCCCAGAAAGAGGGAGCAAAAGCUGCUAAACUGGCAACUCGAAAAGUGAAGCGGGUCGUGGGUCCUAUCAUUUCUUCUGGAUGGGACUUCUUUGAAGCAUUGUACUUUGGUGGCACCAUUACAGAAGGUUUCCUGAGGGGCACUGGAACCUUGUUUGGGACAUAUGCAGUUGGUUAUGUUGGAGAGGAAAGGUUUGGGAGGGUUGGUUAUCUCUUGGGGAGCCAUUUGGGCAGUUGGAUUGGGGGAAGGAUUGGGUUAAUGGUCUAUGACGUGGUUAGUGGAGUGCACGUCUUGCUUCAGGUGUCUCAGUCAGUGGAAACAAAGGUCAAGAACCACAUAACAAAUGAGGUUUAUGUGAGUUCUACUUUUGAAACUUCUGAAGCGCAAGAAGAGUCAUAUGUCUCAGAAAGACCAUCAUAUAGCAGUGACGAAAGUGGUUCUGAAGCAUCAGAAGAGCCAGCAUUUACCAGUUCUGAAAGCAGUCCUGAAGCGCCCCAAGAUUCGUCACAUGUGAACGAUGAAGGCAGUGCUGAAGUACCCGAAGAUUCUUCUGUACCGGAUACACCUGUGGAUAUGAGUUCCUAUGCUUCAGAAGAAACCACUGUAGAUGAUGAAACUUUUGAGGGUGACAAUUCUGAGGUGUUUGAAGAACUCUGAAUGAAAGCAAUCAUACAGCACAGAUUAAGAUCAUAUAAUUAUGAACGAGGAUAAGAUUACAAUUUAUAGCGCCCUCAUAUUGGGAAUUUAACUUGGAAAAUCUUUGCUAUCUGAUGCGCAAAUGGCCUAUCGUUUUCCCUGAUGAGGGUUCUGGCCUUUGCGGCCUUUCUUUAUCUCUUCAGAUGGCCGCCGCGAAAUUGACUUGAACGAAAGCAACAUGCAAUAAAGUUUGCAGGUGGUCGUUAAGAUAUACUUUCUCUGUUUCUUUCUGUCCCAAAAUGAUUAUUAUAUCUUAGUUUAAAUUUUCAUUUUUAGUAAUAUUUCGGAACCAAGUAUAUAUAUAUAUAUACAUAUAAAGCUGUCGGGUUUAACAGUAUCAUUUUAUGUGCAUUCCACUAUUCAUGUAACGUACUGGAGUUCGACACCAUUUCAUGACCCCAAAUUCUCUGUUGAAUAUGACUUGA